AUGCCCGAAAUAUACACGGGGUUUAAACUGUAUAUCUUUAAUGAAUCUAUAGCUACUGAUCUAAAUUACAUAGUGGCAGGACAUAUUGGGUAUAUAAUCUCGUGUGUGAAUGAGCAUCACAACACAGUCUGCAUUCAGCACACGGGACUAACACACGCAGGUAACAAAAGAAAACUUUACAAAAUGAUCAAGACUUUGGUGUUUUUGGCCUCAGCGGCCGUACUUGUCUUCGCUCAUAAUGUACCUCAGAGCGAAAGCGCAGUCGCCCACUUGGAAGGAAAGUUUAAGGGUGCUGUCGUGAAGGGCGACCUGACCUUCACCAUGCAGUCUAAGGACAAGAUGCUCAUCACCGGAAAGAUCACCGGCAUGCCCCCCGGCAAGUACGGCUUGAACAUUCACGAGAAGGGAGACAUCACCAAUGGCUGCGCCAGCACGCUUGGCCACUUCAACCCUCAAGGACACGACCACGGGCAUCCUGAUGAUGAACACCGCCACGUGGGCGAUCUUGGCAACGUUGAAUUUGACAAAUCUGGUGUCGCUCAGGUCAAGAUCGAAGACCGUUUGGUCAAGCUGUAUGGUACCGAAGGCAUCAUUGGCAGGUCUGUUGUGCUCGCUUCGCAGCAGGAUGACCAUGGCAAGACUGAACACCCAUUGUCCAAGGUCGACGGCAAUGCUGGAGAGUUAGUAGCCUGCGGUGUUAUCGGCAUUAAAUAA